AUGUCGCAGCCAGCACAGCCAUCGGAGGACGGCAGCAGUCUCGUCGAUGCUGUUGCUGCCACGCUCAGCAUCACUGACAAGACGGGCAGCUCCAGCGCGGACGGCAAGGACACGGUCAAGGAGGACAAGGACAAGACGAGUCACUCAAUCACGGACAAGGACAAGGACAUAGACAGCGAGCAGCAGCGCGGGCAGGCAGAGCUCGACAAGGACGCAGUCGACAGCAUUGAUCAAGCAGCAGCCGCAGCAGGAGCGACCGAGCUCUUCCCGCGACCGGCGAUGUACUGCCCGUGUAAUAUUCGUGGAUUGGUGCCAGGCGAGAAGAAGCUCUGGUGUACAUGCGGAUUGAGCAAGAAACAGCCUUGGUGCGAUGGUGCUCAUGCUGGCACCGAUUUCAAGCCGCUGAGGUGGACAGUCCCCGAGCGCCAACAGGCUGUCUUCCAGCUCUGUGCCUGCAAGUACACGAAAUCACCACCAUACUGUGAUGCAACACACACCAAUCUGCCGUUGCAAGUCCUUGCACGGCAGCGGGACUGCCCAGAUCGCGAGAAGACCCAUAGCGGAGCAGACAAGGCCAAAUUGUGUUCGUCGUGCGGCUAUGCACCAGACUGUUCGUUCAGUUCCUUGCGAGUGCUCGUCUUACACGGCGCAGGUCGCCGCUUCGCCUUCGCUUCGCCCUCCAAGUCAAGGCACCAGCAAUCGUUGCUGUCGGUCGAGCAGUGCGAGGCUGAAGCGCGCCGUGCUCAUGCCGAGCUCUUGCAAGCAGCUGCUGCUCUCAGCCAGCACUCUGCUACUACAGCUGCUACUGCGAUGAUGGCUGCUGCUGCUGGUGCGGACGGUGGUGGCAAGGCAUGGCCUGCUGCAGCAGCGAGCGGCAGCCUGAGCUUCUUCCACUCAAACAGCGAAGCCAGUCUCAUUGACCGAUUGUACUCGGCGUGUGAUGAAGAUAUUCAUGCCGCUCUGCUCGUUCCUGGCAACUUUGUUAAUGGCUACCCUGCGCUGGCCGCUGCUCUCCAUGACGUCUCAGAGCACUUCCCAACCAUUGCCCUCCUUCCUAACAUGCUUGCAGAGUAUAUGCCGCCACCAGCAGCCAUCGCGGCUGGCGGCUUGGCCCAUUUUCUACCUCAUCGAUGCUCCAAUUUGGUUGCGGGUGGCGGUCUGUCCGUUUACGCCACGGGCUUCCAAACCGCUCAGUUUAUGCGCCGCGGUGGUCGACGAAAACCGUCGAUGACCGCCUCUUCAGCAACGCCACCCGCCUUGGCAACAUUGAGCGUGGACCACCCAACACACUUGCACAAUCUUGCAGAAAACGAAAGCACAACGCCGACCAUCAACAGCGCGUCGGCUGCUGUUGCCCAACGCCGCACACACCAAGUCCGACCCAGCUCUGUGGAUCCUGCAGCUUUGGAGAAAAUGUACCCUGCCCCGACAGAAUCGUUCUACCAACCGCAGUCGCAAUCUGACGGCUCGACGGACAUUCCCUCCUGGCUUGUGCGGCAGCUCCAGCAGGCAGCGUUAGGGCCCGGUCGGACCGAAACCGAGUCGCAUCCGCAUCCCUUUGAAGACCUCGAACGGCAGUUCAGCGGCGGACACACCAACCCGCAACACUUCCAGAAAGAAAUGUUGGCACACGCGAAAAGCAAUGCCACAUCCACGUCGGCCAACUCCACGACAGAUCGCGCAGCCAGUCAGCUAGGCAGCGCCCUGACUUCCAGCUCGCCAGCCGCGAGCCCGAAUCGAUCACAGAGCGUGCACUGGGAGGACGAUUUUGCCGAAACAAUCGUUCCAUCCAUCACGCAAAUGAAUUCGGCACGCCAACAAGAAACCAAGGCAUCCAGUACAGACCAAGGGGACUUUUACAUUGAUGAGCUCUUCUUUCCACAACUCUACGGGAAGGACACGCGAUGACGUCUGUCUGUUGUUUGGUUUUGUUUUGUUUUUCGAUUUCUGUCAUUUCCAUUUUAGCAUCCACUUGUCAAUUACAGUCAAAACACUGA